UGGAGAAGCUGCCUGUGCAUAUGGGCCUGGUGAUCACCGAGGAGGAGCAGGAGUUCAGCUUCUCGGACAUCGCAAGCCUCGUGGUGUGGUGUAUGGCCGUGGGCAUCUCUUACAUUAGCGUCUACGAUCACCAAGGUAUAUUCAAAAGAAAUAAUUCCAGAUUGAUGGAUGAAAUUUUAAAACAACAGCAGGAACUUCUGGGUUUAGAUUGUUCCAAAUACUCACCAGAGUUUGCAAAUAGCAAUGACAAAGAUGAUCAAGUUUUAAAUUGCCAACUGGCAGUGAAGGUGCUGUCCCCAGAAGAUGGAAAAGGAGAUAUUGUGAGAGCUGCUCAAGACUUUUGCCAGUUAGUAGCCCAGCAGCAAAAGAAAUCCACAGAUUUGGAUGUAGAUAUGUUAGACAGUUUACUUAGUUCAAAUGGUUUCCCUGAUCCUGAUUUAGUAUUGAAGUUUGGUCCUGUGGACAGCACACUAGGCUUUCUUCCCUGGCACAUCAGGUUGACUGAGAUUGUCUCCUUGCCUUCCCACCUAAACAUCAGUUAUGAGGACUUUUUCUCUGCCCUCCGUCAAUAUGCAGCCUGUGAACAGCGUCUGGGAAAGUAGGGAUCCCUGGUUGUGUAAUUUGAUUUCAGGCUUUUGGAGAAAAGGACUCAAAUGACUCUGAUGUUUACAAAGCACCUAUGAAACCCUAUAUACACCUAGUUCAUAAUCCUCAUAAUUUAUCAACAAACACAAAAAAGUGUCUUACUGGAGAGUAAGAGUAUGUAUGUGUGAGUGAGUAUGUGUGUGCGUGUGUGUGUGUGCGUGUGUGCGUGGAAAUAAACUUAUAAAUGGGGAAGUAUUGGAGAAGGAAAAUGUGGACUUGCACCUUUGAGCAAAUAGUAGCAAUGUUUUAGGAGCUAAACUUUCAAAUUUAAAGGCUUCAGCCCCAACUACUUCCCUAUUUUUGUGGGGAGAGAAAGGGGUGAUUAAAGCUGUUUUGUUGUUGUUUCGGGGGGAGGGGAAUACUUUUUGUUCAAUCUUUCCUAGUGACCAAACUUUAAUUUCUGAGAAUAAUGUAUUAAAUGGAACCAUUCUGAGUUUGAGGGAUCUCCAGAGGAGUGGAGUUCUGCUCACAUGUUAGAAGUUUGCUCACCUCUGGAGCAGAGGGAAUACUUACUUCCAGACAUCCGUCCAUUUUCAUUUCUUCAUUAUUGUCAAACAACAUGACCUGAAAGUGUUGCUCUGUUGUCUGUGAGCUGGGUUGUGAAGAUCAUUUGAAAAGAACUCUUACAACAUUGAAAUGCAGAAUUUAAAAAAUUAAGUAUUGUAUGAGGCAGUCAAAAGAAGGUAAAAACAUUGUAAUCUUAGAAGUAAAGAUGGGAAGUUUCCUUAAUAAGGAAAGUUUUGAUUUCCUUUUCUGUUCAGUGGGCAGUGUGCUAAAGAGUACCCAAAAUUGGUUUAAAAAAUAAUUCCAUUAACUGUGUUUAUUUAAAAUAAGCAUGUGAGGGAAGUUACCAAGGCAGCUCUUUUUCUUAAAAGUAACCUGUUCCUCUUUGAAAUAGCACAUCUAGGGCCGUGUUAGUACUCAGUAAAUCCUGAUGGUGACUUUGCAUAAAAGAUCUUUAAGUAAGAUUGAGGCCUGUGUAGGUAAUAAACUAUUACUGAAGUCUACAGAAGUAAUUUAAUUUUGCAUGUUGUCUUUCAUGGCCAGAGAACAGGACUGGUUCUGUUAUUUUUAAAAUGAAUAAAUGAUUUUUUUGUUAGGUGUUUAAUAUUUCUUUCCUCACUGCUGAUCCUUGGAUAGAAACCAUUCUUUACAUUUGAUGGACUGUUUUCAGAAGAAUCUUAUCAACAAGUGCCCAAUAGUUAUCCAAAACUCUGCAUUUAGAAUGGAGUAGUUUAAAUACUAGGUUUCAGAGUCUGAAAAAUAGCAAAGCAAGACUGGAUUUGGAAAGCAAGGUCUGGAGUUGCUUGUCAAAUUCUGAAGCUAUGAAGAGUAAAUGUUCUGACUUUGGAUUACAAAACCCCAUUUAUGAUUUUAAAAAUACACUUGAAAUAAAAUGAUUAAACUAAAUUUUGGUUCAGUGACAUUACUUUGCACAGUAUAGUUCUUUGUACAUUGUGAGACUUUUUUUAGUCUUAAUUUAUUGCUUGAAGGUUUUGUGUGAUGCUACAGCGUCUCUCUCAACUUUACCAGAGAAUUUUUAUUUCUGUUCCCCUGUACUGUGAUCCAUGUUCUAUUGAGGCUUUUUGGCCUUAGUUUAAGACUGAAAUUAUGCCUUUUAUAAACGUGUCUUUUUUAAACAUUCUGGAAUAUAUAUGGUUUUAAUGAAUUAAAUUUAUUGGGCCCAGUUGAAGUAAAGGGAUUUCUUAUUUGUUAAAAUGAAGUUGGUCAAAUAAAUUACCCACUGGGAUAUAGCCAAAGUCACGAAAGGUUUAAUAGUUGAAUCUUUGUGUGUUUAUUUUCUCCUUAACAUUUCAUAGCAGUAUAGUGUUACGCAUCAGGGUGAAUCUGUAAGCUGUGACCUGAGUCUUACAGCCCUAGGAAGAGGCCCUUAAAACAAGUUGCUAAGGAUUCUGAUUUCAGGUAAAGGCAUUCCAGAUCCUUCUCACGAGUUUAACUGCGAGUAUCGUCUCCACAGCUUGAAUGGCAUUAGUCAUUCUGUAAUCCCUGCCAGAAUCAUCGCUAGUUACGUGUUGUCAGGGCUCCCUUUGCACUCCCGAGAAGAAUUGGUAACUUUACAGUGUUGUUUGUCUCUAUGUGUUUUGAAGGAUAUUGUCUUUAAAUUGUUUCUUCUUGACACUCCCCAUAGUGGAAAAAUUAUCAAAUUAAACCUACCUUAUGGAUGGUAGCUUGGAGCCUAUCAAGAAGUUGGAGGGUGUGAAUUCCAUUCCCAAUUCUGGUUCUGUUUUAUUUUUUAACACUGAUAACUGUUAGAAAGUUUGAAAGCUGGUUUUCAUGUGAGUAGCAAAUUUUGGUAUAUUGUAACUAAGGCUUAAUAAUGCCUAUCUUAAGAGAGGAAUGUGUUGUAAUAUUAAAGAACAGUGCCAAAUACACUGUGCACGUCUACAGUUUAAUCUUUGAAUGUAUGUUACUUGAUUAGCUCCCUCCUCCUGUGUGAUGGUCCCAUGCAUAGAGUCAAAUCCUUGUGAUGUUUUGUAUGCUGUAGACUUUGGCAACAUGUAAAUAAUGUGUAAAGCAAGUUUUUAUGAUUAAGGAAUCAAAUUUAUUGAAUUUUAUUAUUGAAAGUUGAAACAACAUGUAUGAACAAAAACAAUAAAAGAAUAUACUCUUUUCAUGGACUAUA